GUGGUGGUGUUGCUGCUGCUGCGGCUGUUGAUGAUGCUGCCGCCAUACUUUCGGUCUUCUUGUGGCCAGCAACGAAACAGUUCCAUCAUCUCAACACCGUCGAAAGUGCAAACUUAUUAAUGAUAGACUUCUGCUCAAUACCACUCACUUUCAGGCACCACCGCGUGACGGGCGGGUCGUCGAAAGAGAUGCUAUCGAAGUUACUGGAAAGCGAUGGGCCUAACUGGGUCCCGGUGCGUCGUGUCGUAUGCGUAGCGGUCGGUGCCUGCCUGGCAGUGGCCACCGGGUACGGUGUGUACCGGUUGAUUCAACACCGGGCAUCUAAUCGGCCACCGCGCGAGUGGCAGCGCGUGGGCGAAGUGUCCGACCUUUGGAUCUAUCCGAUCAAGUCAUGCGCAGCGGUUCGGGUGCGUCAGUUCGAUUGCACGGCCAUCGGACCGGCGGUCGGACUGUUGCGCGACCGCACCUUCAUGGUGGUGCGCAGCGACGACGGGACGUUCAUCACGGGCCGCUCCCACCCGACGAUGGUGCUGGUGCAGCCCGCCUUCGACGCGGACUACGAGCAAAUGACGCUGUCGGCACCCGGCAUGCUAGAUAUCGUCGUCGAGGUACGGCGCCUGCUCGAGGGCAGCCAGGUUGGGGUGGGAACCACCUCCGUUUGGGACCAACCCGUCGCCACCGUUGACUGUGGCGAGGAGGUUGCCCGCUGGUUGUCGCGCUUUCUGCUCAGCGAAGACUUUGGCCUCCGGUUGGUGCUUUAUCCGCACGACGGGCCGACGCGCCCGGUGCGCCCGAACAACCGCAUCCACGCGUUACUGACGGCCCGCGACUCGGGCGCCCUGCACGACGCGACCAGCUACAUGCUGAUGUCGGAGGCGUCGUUGGCGGAUGUGAACGGGCGGCUCGAGCGGUCGGUGCCAGCGCUCCAGUUUCGCGCCAACAUCCUCGUGAAGGGUCCGGCGGCGUUCGCCGAGGACGACUGGAAGUGGGUCCGCAUCGGGAGCACCAUCUACCGGAACGUGAAACCGUGCACACGGUGCCUGUUUACGAACGUCAGCCCGGAAACGGGGCAGAGGAGCCCGGACCAGGAGCCACUAACCACACUGCGGGCGUAUCGCACGAAGCCGGGCCUCGGGCAGACACCGGUGCUCGGUACGCAGAUGGGCGUCCGGGCCCUCGGCACGAUCGCUCUCGGCGAACCGGUCCUCGUCGGCAUCUAGUGGAGCCCCGAGCUCCCUUUGUAGCUACCUACCGUACUGGUCCAUUGCCCCGCGCGAAAGUGUACGCGUGUGUUUGUAUAACAUUUAUUUGUGUCUAUUAAAGUGGUUUGUCGCGCGUAUGGUGAGUUAUGAAACAAACCAAAAAGGCGCAAAACACGCAAACGCAGCAAACACAGAAAGUACAGAAAGAAAUGCGGCUCGAAAGAAAAGCUGGCGUCCGGCGGCGACCAUCAACGUUCCUCAACGUUCAAUCAGUGCGAAGUCCUUCUACGCAACGUACACCGGAUCGCCGACCUUGACGGUCCCCGCGCCCCGCAGUCCCAGGUGGAUGCCGAAGGCCGGUGAAUCACCGAGGGCCGGAAUCUGC